AUGGCAAUUUAUAACAUUAUGGAGGCUCAAAAGAAUGCAUCUCCUUAUGGGAGAUACACACCUCCAUCAUUCUCUGGGAUAUUAAUCCCGGCUAAGAUCGCCUGGUUUGUCCAGGAGCUGCCUUCAUUUCUCGUUCCUGUGCUGCUCCUUUACCGGUCAGGCAGCCUGGAGACCCUGGGAUGCAAGCUGCUGCUCUUCAUGUUUUGUGGACACUAUUUUCACAGGACAUUCAUUUAUGCAGUUCUCAACAGGGGUCAUCCCACACCUAUCUCCACAGCGGUUUUUGCCACUAUAUUUUGUACCUUUAAUGGAUACCUUCAAGGAUACUCUAUGAUCUACUGUACUGAGUAUGACAACAGCUGGACCAGUGAUUGGAGGUUUAUCUCAGGUAUCGUGCUAUUUGUGCUGGGAAUGGGUAUUAAUAUUCACAGUGAUUACAUAAUUCGGAACCUUAGAAAUCCUGGUGAUGUCGUUUAUAACAUACCGAAAGGUGGAUUAUUUGAAUAUAUUUCUGGAGCCAAUUUCUUUGGCGAGAUAUUGGAGUGGUCUGGUUAUGCCAUUGCAACCUGGUCCUUCCCAGCCUUCUCGUUUGCUGUGUUUUCAGCCUCUUUUGUAGGACCUCGAGCAUAUCACCACCACAGAUAUUAUCUUGAAAAGUUUGAUGACUACCCCAAAUCAAGGAAAGCUGUCAUUCCUUUUAUAUUCUGAAGGAUAUGUGG